AUGGCCACCUGUUCCUCUUGCCUCAAAACCAAGUCUGAAUGCUUGCAGGAGACCUGUCCUGAUAGGCUCUCAGACUCCGACAGCGAUGCCAGCGAUGACAGCGAAGACGAUAUGGAUGUCUAUGAUCCGAUCCCUCCUAGUACCCUUCCUGGAUUCGAAAGCGAUCUUCAGUGCUUCAAAAAGACAUUUCCGAGCCUGAUUCGUGCGCUCAGGCGUGUAGAAGGAGAAGAUUUCGAUAUGGGCUGGCUGGCGGGCUGUGUUCACGAUGUGAUCCUUUGCCUAACCCUUCACUUGACCGACAAUCAUGACAAAUUUCCGCAGAGUCAGUCACACCUACUCACGUCAGCUCUCAAAGAGCGGUACUGUCGUCCAAGCGAUGAGUGGGAGAUCCCACCACCGAAAAAGGCUGUUUCAUGGAUCAAGCCAGAGGAGCUGCUCAGCUUCUUUGACAUGAUACAUGAAGAGGUCGAGGUGAAGCAUUUGUCCCGCCCAGCAGUCCCUCUCACGGAUGAGCAGGUCGAGGUAAAAGUCAUGGCAAAGGAAGAAAUCUUCGGCACCAUGCUGGACAACGCGAUCAAGGAGAUGCAAGGAUUGGGCGGGGUCGAUGAGGAAGAUCAACCCCACGAAGAACUCCUUCUUGUGCGAUGGGGUUGGAUGUGUGCUCGUGAAGGCAAAUGGACAUAUCCAUACUGGGUCUACGGUCCAGCAGAUGUUCACGGUCCCGUACAACUCGAACCAGAUCCCACACCCACAGAGUACAAGUCAACUGGUGAGCCGGUACCAAUGAAUGCAUUCAGCCUUCCGUAUCAAGGCCCAUACCCCGCUCAAGGCACGUGCCUCAUCUGCAUGAACGAAUUCGCCGACAACCAUCGUGAGCUUGUCGUUUCACGGUGCUCGACCGGUCAUUUGUUCCACGGUCACUGCCUGAACUUCUGGGUUAACGACUCGGCUAUGGACAAUGCCAACAUGUGCCCGCAUGACCGUGAGCGGCUUUGCAACGCACGACCGAGGAUCCAUCCAGGUGAGCUGUCGGACGAAUCUGACGCGGAUGAGUCUGACGAGGAUGACGAUAUCGACAUGACGGACGUAUCGGACCAAGAGGACUCAGAUGUGGACGCCGAAGGGACAGACGACGAGGAAUGCGACAGAAACUUUUUACAAGAAGAGGAAGAUAUCGUGAACCGUGCCGAGGAAAUUGACUACGCAAUCUUUCUUCGAGACCAGGCGACUGGACAGGAAGCUGCGUGA